AAGAGAUACAAUCUAAUCGGGAGCAUUACAGAUACAAGCUAAUAAUUAUUGAUACUGGAUUUUAGAUACUCUCUGUACUACUUGUUGAUUCCGUGUCUGUGUUGGUUAUGAAAGCUCUCACUUGUGAUGAGAUAUUAGAGAUCAAGUUUCUGUUUUCUUGUGAAUCUUAGAUGAAUUUGUUUAUUACUUGUGUCUUGAUACUUUGUUUGUCGAAUUAUCUCUGUUCAAAAAAGCUUUGCUUCGUUUAGCAGCAUUAUUAAGCUCAGAAUUCAAGCUUUGGUUGCUUUAGUUUAAUUUGCUUCUAAAUAAACUCGAGAUACUUAUUGUCUGUCUCUUGCUAGAAAUAGGUUUGUUGUAUUUUAUAUGAAUUAAAAUACGAAAUAAGGUGAUAUCUUGAUAGAAACAGGUUCGUUGUGUUUUAUAUGAAUUGAAAAUCAAAUAAGGGUUUUGGGUAUGCGUAGGUUUGAUGAUCUGUUUGGUUGAAUUCAAAUUUUGCUGCUUGAGCAUUGUUUCUUUGUUAGAGGGAACAUUGUUUUUUAUAGAUGUUCUUCAUUAUGUACUAAAUUCUCUGCUGUAUUACUUUCCAUCCUCAUUAACUGAUUCGUCUUAUUAUUUCAUGUGCAGUGGAUCACAUCUUUUGUUUUCUGGAGAAAAAAGGCUCGUCGAAGCAAGUAAGUGAACAGUCAUGAACUCGGCAAGCGUUUCCGGUGAAUCCUCUCUCUCCGAUAUGAUUCAGACAGUUCAUUUUUCCUCUGGAAACCCUAGAAUCGGCGAGACUCGCGGUGUCAUGCAUCUAAUUUCCGACAAUGCUGUUUCGUCAUCUUCUUCUUCCUCCUCCUCGAAUCUCCCUAUUGGAAGGAACCCUCUCGUUUGCGUUCUUGGGGUGCCCAACCACAUGACAUAUGCAGAUUUUUGCCAGUUCUGCGGCUCCUUCAUUCAGCACAUACUGGAUAUGCGAACCGUCAGGAAUGAUGACAUUGAAAAUAGAUACAGCAUUUUGAUAAGGUUUGAUAGUCAGGAAUCUACCGAUACAUUCUUCCAGCAUUUCAGAGGGAAACAGUUCAACUCUCUGGACGAAGAUGUCUGUCGCCUGCUUUUUGCUCUUGAUGUUCAGUUUACCGGUUAUAGUGGAUCCAUUGACCAUACACAGCCUUCUGCUGCUGGCCCAAUAGAGCAACCUACUUGCCCAGUGUGUCUUGAGAGAUUGGACCAAGACACAGGUGGCAUUCUCACAACCAUGUGCAAUCAUUCCUUCCAUUGCUCAUGUAUUUCUAAUUGGCCAGAUUCUUCUUGCCCAGUUUGUCGAUAUUGCCAACAGCAACCUGAAAAUUCAGUAUGUUGUGUUUGCCAAACAACGGAGAAUCUCUGGAUGUGUGUUAUCUGUGGGGUUGUUGGCUGCGGAAGGUACAAGGAAGGACAUGCCAGAAGGCACUGGGAGGAGACAGAGCAUUGCUAUUCACUUGAGCUUGAAACACAACGUGUUUGGGAUUAUGCUGGUGACAAUUAUGUUCACCGGCUUAUUCAAUCCAAAACUGAUGGCAAGCUAGUGGAGUUGAAUUCUCAUGGAAGUCUGAGCAAGGAUGGUUGUGGAAGCUGUGAAUAUUCUGACAGUGGAAUGACUGAUGCUCUCCUGAACAGCAAAGUGGACAUGAUCAUUAGUGAGUACAACGAACUUCUCCAGGCACAACUAGAGAAUCAAAAACAAUAUUUUGAAAAGUUGCUACAAAAUGUCAAAGAGGAAACGGAACAGAAAAUCUCAGAAGCUGCGAGCAAGGCAAUAAGCCAGAGACUGCAGAAGCUGCAAACCAGGUUUGACAGAUGUGUCAAAGAGAAGCAAUUUCUUGAAGAUUUGAACGAAAAUCUUGUGAAAAAUAAGGACGUAUGGAGCACCAAGAUUACAGAAAUGAAAGAAAGGGAGAAGAAGGCAGUUCGGGCAAAGGAUGAAAAGAUUCAGGGCUUAGAAGAACAGCUUGGAAACCUAAUGGCCCAAAUGGAUGGUGAGAGUGAAGUCUCAGAGACGAAAGAGGUCCAGGACGCCACUGUCUCGACCACCAAUACCUCUUCUUCUGGGGCAGGGAAUGUUAUACAUGCAAAUAAAAAGAAGAGUAACAGAAGAAAGGGUUAGAUCAAGAUUCAAACUCUACCAAAUCUCGCUUAGACUAGUCGACUAAAGUUCAAGCAAUCUAACUGCUUAGAAUGUCUAGAUCUAACAAUUCAUUCGUGUUAUAAUGUGUGCUAUGAUGAGAAUCUGAGAGAAACGUUUGGUAGUUGUUGUAUCAAACCUGAUAGAACUAUAGCCGUUACCCUCUUGGUGUAUAUAAUACAAUUGGUUGAUAUCAAUAUUAAAAAUCGUAGUUACUUGACGGUAAU